CGGCACACCCACGCAGACGCACCCAUUGCAAGCCAAGCAGCACCCACUGGUGCCGCUAGUUGGUGCCGCGAGUGCUGGUGCAGCAGCAGCAAACAAGGAGGAUGGCGUGAUGGUAGAGCUGGGGGCCAACUACAUCCACGGGUGUGGCGCUGGCCGUCAAGCAGGCCAUAGGUUGGCCUGUGUGCUUGGACGGGAGGGCGUGAGCGAGCCGUGCGACACCGCCACCUUCAUGGAUGCGGGCAGCGGGACGCGUGCGGACCCCGUCAAGGUGGCCGAGUGUGACCUGGUCUUCAGGGCAGUCGCGGAAGAGAUCAAAGAGAGAGGUGCGUGUGUGCCCCCAAGACCAUGACCACGGAGGCAUGUCGGCACUCAUCGUCUCUGUGCCUGCCUGUGAAUGUGCGUGCAGCUCGUCACGAGUUCAACCCGUGCCAGAAGCAUCCCCUGUGGCAGCAGACGCCCCCCACCCUCAUGCACAGACAGUACGACCUCGCCAUUGGCAGCCAACACACCACCGGACGGGUGUGCACACCCGAUGACCCACACCACCACCGCCCCAACGAGCCAUCCGCAUCACACGGCGUCACGAGAUACUGCAAUGGAAACAACACAAAGCGGAGAUCGCACACCUACUCGGUAAGAGACACACGCCAACAACCACAGCAAGGCAGCAAAACUCACAAGUGCUCUGUUCAGUGGUGGACGACACAGUGCGAUCGCAUCGGUCAUCGACAGCGGCUCAUCCUUGUUACUGGCAUCGCAGUCAUGUCGACGUCCUCUGUCUGCUCGCGGGGCUGCGGAGCGGUAGGCGGCGACUCGCUGCGACCCGCCGCUCGUUUGGCGGAGGGCGACAUGGGUUCGCCAUUGACGCGGGCGGCCGUGCUGGGCUUGAACAGCAGGCGAUUGCUCCUCCCCGCCAUCCACCCCCCAGCUGCUGCACACGUCGCCCCCGCAACUCUCUCUCUGGCGAUUGAAUUCGGGUUCAUUCUAAAGGAGGGCCAUCAGCUGAUGGGGGGCUGCGGGUGGGGGAGUGCUCUCGUUGGGAGCUGCAGUCCGAGAGCCGGCCCCUGUUGAUAUCGGUCUCUGCUUGCAACGACAGGAAGGGAGUCGACUGGUUCGUCGAUGUCAAGAUGGGCAAGGGCCAGCGGCACGCCAAGCACCUCGAGAUCCAACCGCCGUGGAGUAUGUCAGCAUCCAUUCGUGCCAGCCUCAAGAAGGCCAUCGCCUGCCGCGAUGACGUCCUGCGAUUGGCAGAGACCGUCAACAGGGAAGGGGUCGCGCCGCGGUUCCACCGGCGAGCCCUUGGGCGACCCUGACAGUGAGUCGUCAAAGCAGAACAGCGGCAACACCGGACGUAAGGUGAGUUCGUCCGGCACUCACUCAGUCCCCCCGUACAGUACACAUGGACCAUGACACGCACUCACUUGGUGUGGCUGCUGUGCGUUGUGUCGACCCAUGCAGGCUGUGACACGUCGGCCAUUCACGCCCAGCCUGCCAAACCCACACAACACAAGACAAGAGAAGGUGAGCACGGCAGACAAGAGAAGGUGCCGAUAUCUUACGACCCUUCCUUCCUUUGUCACGUGUAUGCAGCCUUGAGCGUCAAGCAGCCCACAGGAGAGCCACCUGCCCACUCUUUCGCGCGCCACACACACGACAGAUGGAUGGAUGGAUAAAUAAAUGGAUGGACGAGUGGAUGGAUUGACGGUCGGGAUGGAUGGGAUGGAUGGAUGAUAGGUAGAUUGGAGUUUUCCCCCUUCUUCUCUCCACACCUACCUGUAUAUGUAUGGGGCUGUGAUGUCGGUCUUCUUUUUGUCGGUCGUGAUGUCCAUCUGGCGGCGUGCGUGCGUGUGUGUGUGUGUGUGUGUGUGUUUCGGCCUGGCCUCUUCUAAGUGUAUGUACUGCCCCGGUGCUGCGGCCACUAUAGGCCGCUUUGUGCUGAUGUGGCCACCAUAGGCUGCGUUGUGUGACACCGGUCUGUCUGUCUGUCUGUCUGUCUGUCGAUCGGCUGGCUGCAUGGUGUGUGUACUGUGGUCUGCUUUGGUUUCAUUCACAGCACUGGCUGGCCGGCCUUCCCAUAGGCGGCAGUGUGUGGCUGUCGCUGGGUGGGGCGGGACCUCAUAUCCCGGCCCCCACUCACGUGAGCCACAACUGCGUGACAUGGGAUGUGCAGGCUGGCCCCGCUGCCGUCGUGUUUGCCACUCACUGGGGAGGGGAGGGCCACCGCUUGGGGCUGCUUUGGGGAAGGAACUAAGGGGAGGGGAACUGAGUUGCGUGUCGUGAGGGUGUCUGUCUUUCUGUCUGGCGUGUCGUGUGGGUGUGUCGCGGUGUCUUGUGCUGAUGUGUUUCUUGUCCAUCCAUCCAUCCAUGCUACCCAUCUGUCGACAUGGGCAGUGAGUGAGGCGGUGACUGACGGUGUGGUGGGCGGGGGGGACGCACCACGAGCGGCAACAGAACAGAAGAGAGAGAGACAAAGGCCCCCAGAAGAAGGCCAAAACAGAGAGAGGCCCCCAAAAGAAGGCCGAACAACAAAAGGAAGAACGUCUACUCUCUUCGUACAGACGCACAUCUUGCACAAGUAAGAGAAGGCGACACGACGCCACACAACCACACAGCCACACAUGUCUGUCUGUCUGCAUCUGCCUGUUGUCUUGUUGCUUCAGGUGGGUCGACACACUCCAAGCCGCCAGUCAACUGGCCCAGCUGCACCAGCAGACCAGCACAGCAGACGACAACGAGGUGCACCCCUCCCCUCAGCCCAAGAAUCCGCCCAGGAUCAAGCCGCGAGUGGCCAAUGCCCCAGCGUUCGCGCACACAGCGCAGCCACACAGGAGAGGGAGGGAGGGAGGGAGGUGCUUGCCCGUGGGGCCAAGGAGCAAGUGCCCGCGCAACUGCGCAGCCCCACUGCUGCUGCUGGUUUGUACCCGAUGUGCUACCACCACAAGAAACUCACAAGAAGGCCCGUGUGUGUUGGUUCGCUCUGGCAUGAAGGCAGGCAGGCAGGGCACGCUGCAUAUGAGCGGCGAUGGCUUGUGCGUGUGGCUGUCCAUCGUACAUAUUUUUGGUACCAAGAGGCUGUGUCCAGCCUGGCAGGCUGGCAGGCAGGCAGGCAGGCAGGCGUGCAUGGGUGUGUGGUGUACACGUGAGUGUGGUGUACCGCCGACGAGUAGCACCCCGCCGACCAUUCACCACCCACCGCCACCACAAGAAGAGGCCCCCGCGCCCCCAUGUAGACAGACGGGGGAGGAUGGCUGUUUUUUGUUUUUGUUAGUUAAUUAGUGUAUUGUAUUGCUUUUUCUUCUCCUUUGUCGUAUUCUUUCCGUCCUUCCGUAUGGUGGUGACGCUGCUUUCUCCUUUGCUUUUCGUCCUUCCGUAUGGUCGUGACACUCCCUUUUCGUUCGUGUUCGUGGGUGUGGUGUGUCGCUGUCUACUCCCCGUCUGUCUACUUCUUAUGUGCGUCGGCGGUGUUCUCGUUGACCGAAAAAAUCGGUUGGUGGUGGUGGUGGUGGUGGUGCUUGUCGGGGGCGGGGGGUCGGCUGGUGGAGGGUGGAUGGAUGGAUGGAUGGUGUCGGCCCGGGGCUGGCCAUGGGUGUGGGUGGCGUGACGUCUGUCAGAGUGUCGGUGUAAACACUGGCACUGUCUGGUAAUUUCUGGUUGCGUGACUAACUUAUUUGUGAAUGAGCUUUCAUGCGAUUUUCCCGUCUGUCUUUGCCACCCUGACCUGGAUGAGGCCCAUGCCUGCCCGGUGACUGACUGUGAUGCAGCCAGCGUGUCGGGGUGUGUGUGUCUGGAUGGAUGGAUGGAUGACAAACGAAUUCACUCUCAUGCGGUGACAAUCGUGACCCAUGCAUGGUUCGUGGAUGCGUGAGAUGCGUGUAGAGGUGUGAGCGUAACGCCAUGCCCGUGUGCAUCCGUGUCGACUCACUACUGACUGACUGACUGACUGCGUACUUAUUGUAUUUUUGGUCCACUCCCCAUGUGCUGUUUGUAUGGAUGUAUAGGGUUACCUGACUGCACCCACACACUGCUCCUCUCCUGCUCUGGCGGUUUUGCUUAGCGGCACGUUCCACACCACACCCGACCGCCAAGACACACAUGCGCACCACGAGUACACAAAGAUCGACCCGAUGCAUUCGUCGUGACUUACUGCUGACCGACUAACUCCACAUUGUUGGUCCACCUUCAUCUACAGGCUUCCUUCUGUCAUCCAGCGGUUUUCUUAGCGGCCCGCGACACGCCCACCCACCCACUCAGGCACAGCCUUCUCCUGCUGCGCAGGAGCACUGCUCUUCGCACAUGUUUGUUUGCACCAGCCAGAUGUUUUCAUGUGUAGAGACACACACACACAUACUUCCCAUACACUUACUUACUUCGGACGGACCUACAUGCCAUGCACUACACUCAUCCCACUCGCUCACCACACACACCACCUACCCUACCUGAAUGCAGUGUGUUGGUGGUGGACAUAAGUAAGUAGCUGGACUGACUGGCUUGUAGGCGUAGCGUGCGGCAGCUGAAUAGCGUCAUUCCAUCGCUUUUGUCCUGCGCGCCCCGCAGAUGACACUGUGCCAUCGUCAUGCCAUGACGAUCGCCUGCCUUUGUACUCGGCAUCGCUCUCCUUUUCCCAUCCCGGCCGUCGGCGGAAGCCAUUUGAGUAUUGGCGUGACAACUUGGCUCUCUGUGUGUCUGUGUUCUUGGCCACCUCGUGUGUGUGUGUGUGUGUGUGUGCGGUCCUUCAUUCUUCAUAGCUGCCGCUGACAGCGCCCUGUCCGCCCUGUCCGGACUUUCGAUCGACACAUCGAUCACUGGGAGACCGUCAGUCACUUGUUUGCAGUGAUGUGCUGUGCCGCAAGUACCUGCUGAACCCCUCUGUGUACCACCCACUACACACACCAUCGACCUCAUGUUAUGUACGUGACCGAUUGACUGACCUGUGUGUACGGAUCGGCUGGACGGUCUCAGGCCGUGCAACCUUGUUUUCCUUUGCCCUCUGCCUGCACUGCACGCAUUCACUCGUUUGUUAAGCCCUUCCGUGUCGGUCGUUUGGAUCUGUAUGUGCAUUCCCAGCUACACUCAAUACGGUGGGAGGGGGUGCGUUUAGUGGCCGGGCCUUUGAUGACGCCCUCGUCAUGUUGGUUGGAGCUGCCUUCGGCAUCGCAUCAGGCAGCUCCAUCACAAAGCGUUUAAUUUGCCCGUGCAGGCAGU